AGGCGGGGUCGGGCACGUCAGCCGGCCGGCCGGCUCUCCGCGGCGGCCCCGGUCACUGUGGCCGGCGCCGCGCGCGGAGUGGGGACGCGUGCCAUGGAGGAGACGCCGCCCCCACUGCAAGCCGGCAGCAAGCCGCACCUGGAGAAGCUGACCCUGGGCAUCACUCGUAUCCUAGAAUCUUCCCCAGGUGUGACAGAAGUAAGCAUAAUAGAAAAGCUACCUGCUGAACGUCAUAUGAUUUCUUCAUGGGAACAAAAAAACAACUGUGUAAUGCCUGAAGAUGUGAGAAACUUCUAUUUGAUGACCAAUGGUUUUCAUAUGACAUGGAGUGUGAAGCUGGAUGAACACAUCAUUCCACUGGGAAGCAUGGUGAUUAAUGGUAUUUCAAAACUGACUCAGCUCAUCCAGUCUUCUGUGUAUUCACUUCCUAAUGCACCAACUCUGGCAGACCUAGAGGACGAUGAUGAAGCCAAUGAAGACCAGCCAGAGAAGCCUCACUUUGACAGUCGCAGUGUGAUAUUUGAACUGGAUUCGUGCAACGGUAAUGGGAAGGUUUGCCUCGUCUACAAACAUGGGAAACCUGGAUUAGCUCAUGACACUGAGAUCUGGUUCCUGGACAGAGCAUUAUACUGGCAUUUUCUCACAGAUACCUUUACUGCCUAUUACCGCCUGCUCAUCACCCACCUGGGCCUGCCCCAGUGGCAAUAUGCCUUCACCAGCUAUGGCAUUAGCCCACAGGCCAAGCAAUGGUUCAGUAUGUACAAACCCAUCACCUACAACAACACAAGCCUGCUCACAGAAGAGACCGACUCCUUUGUGAAUAAGCUGGACCCCAGCAAAGUGUUCAAGAGCAAGAACAAGAUCUUAAUCCCCAAAAAGAAAGGGCCUGUGCAGCCUGCCAGUGGCCAGAAAGGACCCGGGCCCUUAGCUCCUCCUUCUGCUAAACCUUCCUCUGGCUCUGGAAACCCUGCCCGAAAAUAAACAUUCCAUCAGCUUCACAGCAGUGCUAUCAAUGCACAGAUGCCCUGGGGUGGCCCCAUCCACAGGCACUUUGUAACUGCAGGCGUUCUCCUGGGGACCAGAGCCUUAUCCAGGAGUUGGGAAGACCACAUAAAUUCUCCCCAGGAGUCCUUUCCUCCACAGGUUGUGCCAACCCCAUCUCCAAAACCAGCUAAGACUUUCAGGUGUAUCUAGAGAUGUUUUGUUUUGUUUUUACAUUUAUACCCAAUUCUUAAUGUCUUAGCAGUAAUUAGGUCCUCCCAAAUAAACCCAUGGCUCAACUCA